GUGAAGCCAUCGAGAACUCUUUCCCUGUUGAUAUCAGAAGUGACAUGACCGUCGGGCACCUCAAAAAGUUGAUCAAGGAGGAGGCGGAGUUUGACAUUCCCGCAAACAAACUGAUGUUAUGGAAA